AUGAACCUGAGGGGCCUCUUCCAGGACUUCAACCCGAGUAAAUUCCUCAUCUAUGCAUGUCUGCUGCUAUUCUCUGUGUUAUUGGCCCUUCGUCUGGAUGGCAUCAUUCAGUGGAGUUACUGGGCUGUUUUUGCACCAAUAUGGCUGUGGAAGUUAAUGGUCAUUGUUGGAGCCUCCGUUGGAACUGGAGUCUGGGCACGAAAUCCCCAGUAUCGAGCAGAAGGAGAAACAUGUGUGGAAUUUAAAGCCAUGCUAAUUGCAGUGGGCAUCCAUUUACUCCUGUUGAUGUUUGAAGUGCUGGUCUGUGAUAGGAUUGAGCGAGGCAGCCAUUUCUGGCUUCUGGUCUUCAUGCCUCUGUUCUUUGUUUCCCCGGUGUCUGUUGCAGCUUGUGUUUGGGGCUUUCGACAUGACAGGUCAUUGGAGUUAGAAAUCCUGUGUUCUGUCAACAUUCUCCAGUUUAUAUUCAUUGCCUUAAGACUGGACAAGAUCAUCCACUGGCCCUGGCUUGUUGUGUGUGUCCCCCUGUGGAUUCUCAUGUCCUUUCUGUGCCUGGUGGUUCUCUAUUAUAUUGUGUGGUCUGUCCUGUUCCUGCGAUCCAUGGAUGUGAUUGCAGAACAGCGCAGGACACACAUAACAAUGGCACUCAGCUGGAUGACCAUUGUUGUGCCUCUUCUUACAUUUGAGAUCCUGCUGGUUCACAAAUUGGAUGGCCACAAUGCAUUCUCCUGUAUCCCAAUAUUUGUCCCCCUUUGGCUUUCCUUGAUCACUUUGAUGGCAACUACAUUUGGACAGAAAGGAGGAAAUCACUGGUGGUUUGGUAUUCGCAAGGAUUUCUGUCAGUUUCUCCUUGAAAUCUUCCCAUUUUUGAGAGAAUAUGGAAACAUUUCCUAUGAUCUUCAUCAUGAAGAUAAUGAGGAAACCGAGGAAACCCCAGUUCCUGAACCUCCUAAAAUUGCUCCUCUGUUUCGAAAGAAGACCAGGGUAGUUAUCACCCAAAGCCCUGGGAAAUACAUCCUCCCACCUCCCAAAUUAAACAUUGAAAUGCCAGAUUAG